CUGGUAUAAUUUAUUCCUGCAACCUCCCAGACCAAGAUAACCUGUUCAGUCAGCUGGAGCCCCCUGCGGACAGCUGUCUCCCUUUUAGCUGAUGGAAAACUGCCACUAGCCAGUGAAUAGAAGGAGGAUGUAGCAGAGCCUGACAAUACACACACAGCAUCAGCAGCACCAGCUCUAUGCUCCUCUAUUGUUCCUUGGUGUUAAAUGGUUUCUCCUGCUCAACUGGCCUGGACAAUAGCUGGAGAGCUCCCUGCUCCUCACUGCUGACACAAUAAAGGACAACUGAGGGCUAAACACCAUCUCUAGUGGAGCUUUCCCCAUUGUGUUCGAGCUGCAACCGCAUAUCCUCCUGUUCCUGAAGGCAAUGGGUCUGCCAGGGAGAUGCUCCUCACCCUUCUCCAGGUCCUGCUGUGGAGUGGUUGGGCUUCUCCUGGUCCUGGCUUUAUGGGAAGCGGAUUCACAGGGCGAACAUGACAGCAAAAGUAUCUACCUGUGGAAGACAGGUCCUUGGGGAAGAUGUAUGGGUGAUGAAUGUGGUGAAGGAGGAGUUCACUCAAGGGUGGUCUGGUGUGCGCACACCGAAGGGUGGACGACUCUCGCCACAAACUGUAAACAGACAGAUAGGCCGGAAAAUCAGCAAAACUGUUUUCGAGUUUGUGACUGGCAUAAAGAACUCUAUGAAUGGCAGCUGGGUAGUUGGAACCAGUGUGCACCAGUUGCCUCAAGGUUAUCAGAGAAACCAACAGAAUGCACAAAAGGCGAGGAAGGAAUUCAGACGCGAGAAGUCGUCUGUCUACAGAAAGCCACUGGGAUGGUGGCAGAUGACAGUAUAUGUGACUACUUCGAAUCCAAACCCCGGCUAGAACAAGGUUGCCUUAUUCCCUGUCCUCAGGAUUGUAUUGUAUCAGAUUUUUCUCCGUGGUCGGAAUGCUCAAAAACAUGUGGCAAUGGAUUAAAGCACAGGACACGCUAUGUGGUGGCCAUGCCACAAUUUGGUGGCUCCGGUUGUCCUAACCUAACUGAAUUUCAGGUUUGUCAAGGUUCUCCUUGUGAAGGAGAAGAAACAAUGUACAGUCUGAACGUUGGACCCUGGAGUUCCUGCUCGAUACCGAUUUCUAGACAUGUUAGACAAAUCGGGAAGAGGGGUAAAAACAGAGAACGAGCAAAAGAAAGAGAAAAGAUCAUGAAGGACCCAGAAGCUAGAGAACUCAUUAAGAAGAAGAGGAUCCGAAACAGGAAGAAUCGCCAGGAAAACAGAUACUGGGAUAUACAAAUCGGGUAUCAGACACGACUGGUGACCUGCAUGCACAAAAACGGAAAAACUGCUGCUCUAAGCUUUUGUGAGCAGGAGAAGUUGCCGAUCACUUUCCAAGCCUGUGUGGUGGAUAAAGACUGUCAAGUAUUGGAGUGGUCAGAAUGGAGUUCUUGCUCUACGGAUUGUAAUUCAUCUCCUCCUAGUGGCCAUCGGACAAGGAAAAGGACCAUCAAACAGCUGCCCGUUGGGCUAGGGAAGGAAUGUCCAGAGUUGGAGGAGAUGGAAUCAUGUUCUCCACCACCAGAAGGGUUACAGACAUGCAUCAAGUAUGCCUGGAGAUCCACGGAAUGGACAGAAUGUCGGGUUGAUCCACUGCUUAAUCAGCAGGACAAGAGAAGAGCAAACCAUACGGCGCUGUGUGGUGGAGGAAUUCAGACACGAGAAAUCUAUUGUGUACAAGCGAAUGAGAAUCUACUUUCAUACCUCAAUACAGUAAAAGACAAGGAAGACAGCCAUGCUUAUGGCACAUCGAAGUCCAGCGAGGCACCGCUCCUGUCAAUUACUUUUGAAAUCACAGCAUCAAAGCCAGUGGAUAACAAGCUGUGCACCGACCCGCCAUUAGGUACCAGUCAACUUUGCCAUGUACCAUGUCCGAUAGAGUGCGAAGUGUCCGCAUGGUCUGCAUGGGGACCAUGUACAUUUGAGAAUUGUGAUGACCAGCAGAGUAAAAAAGGUUUCAAGCUUAGGAAACGUUACAUCACGAAUGAGCCCACCGGUGGGACGGGAAACUGCCCUCAUCUAAUAGAAGCCAUUCCAUGCGAGGAACCAUCAUGUUACGACUGGAGAUUGGACAGACUGGAAGAAUGUAUCCCUGACAAUGGAAAUAACUGCGGGAGUGGAACACAAGUUCCUGUCGUCACGUGUAUCAACAGCGAUGGAGAAGAGGUGGACAGACAACAAUGUAGAGAUGCCAUAUAUCCAAUCCCUAUUGCAUGUGACGUUCCGUGUCCCAAUGAUUGUGUCGUAAGCUCUUGGUCUGAAUGGUCGGCCUGUUCUCAUACCUGCUCUGGAAAAACUACGGAAGGACAGCAGACGAGAUCCCGCACAAUCCUCGCUUAUCCCGGUGAUGGAGGCGUUCAGUGCCCAGAAAGUAACGCUCUGCAGGAGAUUCGCAGCUGCAAUGAGCACCCUUGUACGGUCUAUCACUGGCACACCGGCCCCUGGGGCCAGUGCACUGAGGACGUUUCUGUGUCUGUCUUCAACUCAUCCAAUUGGAAUGGCGAGGCCGCGUGUGCUGUUGGGAUGCAAACAAGGAAAGUCAUCUGUGUGAGAGUCAAUAUUGGACAAGUUGGACCUAAAAAAUGUCCUGAGAGUCUUCGACCUGACACGAUGAGGCCUUGCUUGCUGCCGUGCCGUAAAGACUGUAUCGUUACCCCAUAUAGUGACUGGACACCCUGUCCUACCACCUGCCAGGAAGGUGCCAUCACCGUAAAGAAGCAGACUCGCCACCGUGUCAUCAUCCAGUUCCCGUCCUAUGGAGGCCGCGACUGUCCUGACACAUUACACGAGGAGAACGAGUGUGAGCCCCCUGCCGCCUGUCACACGUACAGGUGGAAAACUCAUAAGUGGAGAAGAUGCCAGCUGGUUCCUUGGUAUGUCAGACAAGACAGCCCCGGAGCUUACGAGACGUGUGGACCUGGACUGCAAGCAAGAGCUAUUACUUGUCGAAGACAGGACGGAGCACAAUCAGACAUUAUGGAAUGCCUUAAACAUGCUGGACCUUUACCACCUUUAACUCAGCCAUGCCAGAUACCAUGCCAGGAUGACUGCCAAUUUACCAACUGGUCCAAAUUUACACCAUGUCAUGGAGACUGUGGCGCAGUCAGGACUAGAAAGCGAUCACUUCUUGGGAAGAGUAAGAAAAAAGACAAAUGCAAGAAUCCCCAGCUGUACCCAUUGAUAGAGACACAGUUCUGUCCAUGUGAUAAAUACAACGCUCAACCUGUGGGCAACUGGUCAGACUGUAUUCUUCCAGAAGGUAAAGUUGAGGUUCUUGGGAUGAAAGUUCAAGGAGACAUCAAGGAAUGUGGUCAAGGAUAUCGUUAUCAAGCCAUGGCAUGCUAUGACCAGAACAACCGGAUGGUGGAAACCUCAAGGUGUAACAGCCAUGGUUACAUAGAAGAAGCGUGCAUUAUCCCCUGCCCCUCCGACUGUAAGCUCAGCGAAUGGUCCAACUGGUCACGAUGCAGCAAGUCAUGCGGAAGUGGAGUCAAGGUUCGAUCCAAGUGGCUACGAGAGAAACCUUAUAAUGGAGGGAGGCCCUGUCCAAAGCUGGACCAUACCAAUCAGGCUCAGGUGUACGAAGUGGUCCCGUGUCACAGUGACUGCAACCAGUACGUGUGGAUCACAGAGCCGUGGAGCGUGUGUAAGGUCACCAGCAUCGACCUCAAGCAGAACUGCGGGGAAGGGGUCCAGACCAAGAGAGUCCGAUGCAUGCAGAACACGGUGGACGGUCCCGCAGAUGUCGUAGAGGAUUAUCUCUGUGAGCCAGAAGAGAUGCCUCUAGGAGCCAGGAAUUGCAAGUUGCCUUGUCCUGAGGACUGCGUCAUGUCGGAGUGGAGUGAAUGGAGCAAGUGUCCUUUGCCUUGUGACGGAACCAGCUUUCGCGAGCGGUCAGCCGUGCCCAUUCGACAGGCAGCGGAAGGCAAAGUCUGCCAUAUUGCCACCGAAACCGAACCUUGUGUCUUGAACAAGAACUGCUUCCAUUAUGAAUACAAUGUAACAGAUUGGAGCACAUGUCAGCUAAGUGACAAGGCUGUGUGUGGGAAUGGGAUCAAAACCAGGAUGCUGGACUGUGUCCGUAGUGAUGCCAAAUCAGUGGCCUUGAAGUUCUGUGAAGAGCUCGGUUUGGAGAAGACCUGGCAGAUGAACACGUCCUGCGUUGUCGAAUGCCCUGUAAAUUGUCAACUCUCGGACUGGUCUCUAUGGUCGAAGUGCUCAGCAGAUUGUGGACUCUCAGGGAAGAUGACCAGGAGGAGGACAGUGAUCCAGCCUUCCCAAGGAGAUGGAAGACCUUGUCCUUUCCAGAUGGAGCAAUCCAAGCCAUGCCCAGUCAAGCCGUGCUACAAGUGGCAGUAUGGCCGCUGGUCCCAGUGCAGGGUGGAGGAUGCUCAAUGCGGUGAAGGCACCAGAUCCAGGAACAUCUCUUGUGUAGUUCACAAUGGAUCCUGGGAAGAUGCCGGAAAAUUGGUCGAUGAGGAGUUUUGUGGAGAAAUCGAACUGAUGGUGGAUGGAGAUGAGAACAUUAUACUGGAGGAGUCCUGCACCGUGCCGUGUCCAGGUGACUGCUACUUAAAUGAAUGGUCUGAGUGGAGUUCAUGCCACUUGACUUGUGUCAGUAGGCAGGAUCUUGGGUUUGAAGGGGUUAAAGUGCGAUCCAGAGCAGUAAUAAUUCAAGAGCUGGAAAACCAACACUUGUGCCCAGAACAAGCCUACGAGUCCAAAUCGUGUCACGAUGGACAGUGCUUUGAAUACAACUGGUUAACAGGUCCAUGGAAAAGCUCUUCCCGGGCAGUUUGGUGUCAGCGAUCUGAUGGCUUUAAUGUGACAGGGGGCUGUUAUGAAGUACUGAGACCUGAGAGAGAGAGGGUGUGCAAUCCGCCGUGUACCCAGCAGCACUCAUAUUGUACCGAGACUAGGUCAUGUGGAUGUGAAGACGGCUACACAGAAGUCACCUCCUCCGAUGGGACGCUUGACCAGUGCACUCUGAUUCCUGUAGUGAUCUUACCCACUAGUGGGGACAAGAAAGGAGAUGUUAAAACAAGCAGAGCCAUUAACCCAACCCAACCCUCCAGCAGUCAGUCAGGCUAUGGGGGGAGGACAUGGUUUUUGCAGCCAUUCGGGUCAGACGGAAAGCUGAAGACCUGGGUGUACGGGGUCGCUGCAGGUGCCUUUGUAUUGCUCUUAUUUGUGGUUUCUAUGAUCUAUCUGGCUUGUAAGAAGCCAAAGAAACCCCCGAGAAGACAAAACAACCGCCUGAAGCCAUUGACAUUGGCUUAUGAUGGGGACGCCGACAUGUAAAAGAGACGAGCAGUCUUGAACAAAUAUACAUUCCUUCUUGGAAAGUGACAAGAAAAAAAUGUCGUGAAGAUGGCGGCAGCUUAAGCACAGUCUGGAGAGAUGCAAUGUUUUUGAACCCCAAAAACAUUUAUUUUGCGGGAAACUGUCUUCUCAUAAAUGUACAUACUACUUGGUCUGUUGCAAGACUUUACCCCCUGUAACCAAUACGCAUGAACCUAUGCCAUACACUAAGAUCUCAACAACAUGGACAUCAAAUAACUUAAUUGGUGUCUCCGUUUUGGGGUUCGAUGUAAAUAACUCUAUGACGACAAAGAUUGAUCUUCGAGACUGAUCUUCAAGAUUGAUUUUCGAGACUGAUCUUUGAGGUUGAUCUUCCAGACUGAUAUUUGAGACUGAUCAUCAAGUCUGAUCGUCAAGAUUGAUCUUCAAGACUGAUCUUUAAUGACUAAUCUUUGAGUCUGAUCUUUGAGAUUGAUCUUUAAAACGGAUCUUUAAGACUAAUCAUCGAGUCUGAUCUUCGAGAUUGAUCUUAGAGACUAAUUAUCAAGUCUGAUCUUCGAGAUUCAUCUUCAAGACUGAUCAUCGAGUCUGAUCUUCGAGAUUGAUCUUCGAGACUGAUCAUCAAGUCUGAUCUUCAAGAUUGAUCUUCGAGACUGAUCAUUAAGUCUAAUGUUCAAGGUUGAUAUUUAAGACUGACCAUCAAGUCUGAUCUUCUAGAUUGAUCUGUGAGACUGAUCUUAGAGAAAACACUUGAGCAGUUUACAAACCAGUCUGAACUUUAGGAAAAGUAUGGGACCACAGGACCAACCAAAUCUCACUUUUUUUGUGCCAGAACAUCAUGAAACACGUCAGCAAGAUGCAGUAUUUUUUUGUAGCUACCCUCUGAAAGUAGACGCUUGUAAAUUACACCAUGUUUCUACUUUCUCUAACUCUCCUACUCUUGCCUACAUCUUGUUUUUUCUGUAUGUAAGGCGGGACUUGCACUAUAUUAGUGCAGCAUGUUAUGCACUUAUCUAGAAUUGCCAUAGAAAAUGCCUCUUUUCAUAAGGUGUCUUGUGCUAGACACACCAUUUGACAAUUGUAAAAGGAAAAACAAAAAUGGAAAACCUUGAAUGAGAGUAGAGUUUUGUGAUGGGAUCUACAAUCUGUACAUAAAUCAGCUCUUUUUCUAGUUAGAUGAAGUUGUGUCCCUUGUUUGUCUACAACCCUCAUGUCUAGAUUUAAGACGAACCCUUUAAGUUAUUUCAGUCACAAAUUCUUGCAGCUUUUCCAUAAAUUCAUUAAAGCCCAUAGGAAGCCCCCGUUCUUUGUUGUUGUUUUUUUAAGAAAAUGAAAAAUUCUAAAAAUAGUCUGAUUAAUUUUAAAUAAAAAAAAUAAAUUUAAUAUGAUACUUAAAGGGAUUAUCCCAAAAUAGUAAAAAGUAAACAUCAGAUCGCAGAGGGUCCAACCCUCUAACCCCAGUGAUCUCAGAGACAAGGAGACCUGAGUAUUUUCUCUGAAUGGAAUCCUAGUGCACAUGUCAGUCCACUGCUCCAUUCACUUCUAUGGGACUGACGGAGCUCUAUCUGUGUCAGUCCCAUAGAAGUGAAUGAAGAGGUGGACUUACGCACUAGCAUUACAUUCAAAGAGAGGACUCAGGACACCUUGUUCUCAGGAUUGCUGGAGGUUCCAGUGGUCAGACCCCCCCCACCCCAUGAUCCAAUGAGUUCUCCGCUUUGAACAUUCCCAACUUGCUAGAAAGGUCCCUUAAAGAGGACCUGUGAUGGCUCCUGAAAUGUCAGGUUUAUUAACUACCUGCAUUCCCCAUGAGAUAACAAUUUUGGAACAUAUUUCUUACAACAGCAUGCUGUGUGGUUCCUCUAAUAUUUCUACUAUAAAUUAAUCAGUAAAUUGCCAACGAGGGUGUUACCAUUUCCCCUUGUCAAAGUGGUGUGUUCCUGGAAAGCCAGCCAUUGCCAUUACUGAUUGGACAACGUGAGACUGUGCAGAGACACACCUCCAACUGGUAACACCCAUAAAUUUCUAGUAAGAGCAAUAGAGGAAUGCUCCAGAAUUGUCAUUUUAUGUGGAAUACAACUACAUACUAAAAAAGGCUUGUCACGAGAGGUGUCCUCUUUAAACAAUAAGCUGAUCACAAAUUGUCCUCCUGCUGGAACCCCAGUGAUCUGGUGUAAUCUGUGAGGAAACAUGGCUGUAAGUUUUCAAUUUCCCUGCGGCGCCACCAUAGGGGAAAUUAAAUAUUACACCGUGUCCAUUCAUAUCAGUGGGUUGUGUGUGUGUAAUGCAGGACAGGUCCUCCAGAGACACUCCUUAUAACCACUUGAUGAAGAUAUGAGGAUCCGGAAUAUCGAUUUCUGGUUUAAUUUAGUUUUUAUUUAAACUUUUUCGUAAUAAUUGUCCUUUUACAAGUUACAGUCUUUUAACUUAUUUAAUGUAAUAAUGAUAUAAUAAUUUAAUUCAAUGCUUAUUUAAUUAGGUAUGUAAGAAAUUUAUUUACACUUAUAAGUGUAAGGUCAUAUUAGACAGAAAUAUUGAAAAGUCUAAUACAACUCAUUUAAUAAAAAUUGCCGUAAAUCAAGACACCACCAGUUGAACGUUAUCUGUGUAUCCUAAUCCAACCAUAUAAAUCCCCCAAAAAAGUGACAUAAAUGAAUAUAUUUCUCCCCCUGUACUGACUGCCGAUCUGUAAGAACUUAGAGUUUACAUUAUUUUAAUAAUUUGUACCGUUUUGCUGAAUUUUACAUCUAUUGUAAAGUAUAAAAAGUACAGUAAGUCAGUCACAUAUUAUGGUUUACUGAAUGCGAUGGCACAUAUGUAUGCUUUUUAACUCUUUACUGCCUGAACCCUUAGCAUUUUAAGGGGUAUUUCAGCCAAGAACAGGUAUCACCUAUCCACUGGAUAGGCAAUAAAUAUAAGAUUAGUGAGGUCUGACUGAGGGAACCCCCGCUGAUCACUAGAAUGGUGGUCUUUGCCCAUGAGGAGAAGUUACGUGGAGUAGUAGUGGGAGUGCUCAGCGGUAAUUCCUGUAGAUUUGUCCUAUGCUCCUCCUUAUCACGGUUGAGGUGGUAGUUUGGAAGUCAAGGGAGUCUUGGGUCUCUUAGUCCAAGUGGCUACAUGAUACAUGGAAUUGGAUGAAACACCCCAGUUAAAGGAGUUUCCAAGAUUCUGAUAUCGCAUCGGUUGAGGUCCGACACGUGACAUCACCACCCCCCCCACCCGAUCAACUGGAGGCUGCAACCUCCUCGUAGCUUAGCAAGCACAGCGCCACCCAUUGUAUAGUGGUUGUGCUUGGUAUUGCAGCUCAACUCCAUUGACUUGAAUAGGACUGAGCUACCCUUAGGCCAAGUGACAUGAACGUGAUAUCACUGGCCUAGGAAGAGGUCAUUGUGCUGACCCUAGCGUCACAGCCUCUUCAAACAGUUGGGGGGUGCUGUCAGUCGGAGCCCCGCAGAUGUGACAUUGAUGACCUAUCCUGAGGACAGGUCAUCAAUAUCAGAAUAUCAGAAAACCCCUUUAAAUAGUAGCUUUAUAUCAUAACAUUAAUAUUUUAGCAACAUGUACAUUUUGUUUACCACCAUCCAUUGGUUUUCUCAAAUAUAUUUAAAGGGGUUGUCCAGGAUUUGAAGAACUUGGCUGCGUUCUUCCAGCUCAGCCCCUUUUUCCUUCAGUUGAGCAGGGCUGCAAUACCAAACACAACCUGUGGGCAGGUGUGGUGCUGUUUCUAGGAGAAAGAAGCUAUAUGUCUUAUCCUAGGCAACCUCUUUAAUGGGUCACUGAACAUUUGUUCUGUUGGACUUACAUUGCUAUUAAAUCUGCUAAUAAUAUAGUUAUUACAUCUUCUAACUGUUAACUUCUUCUUGCUGGUUUCUAACGUCAGUGGUUUAUGUUUCACUAACCAAUCCUGAGUGCCAAAUACCGGAAAACGGUGAAAACUAAAAAAAAAAUACUGGGAUUUUCUUUUGUCUGAAUACAGUAUGUUAAAAUUAUUUUAAUGCUUAUGUACAUCAAAGUUAUUAUGUUUAAUGUGACGUCAAUAUAAUGCAUAAAUUAAUAUUUUAUGUGUAUUUUAUGUUUAUUUUUAUUUGAAAUUUAAUGUGAAAUUUCUAUUUUUUUCAUGUUCAGCGUAAUUAUUUUUGCUUUUGUGUACGGUAUAUUAAAACAUUUAUAUUUUUAAAAUUCUUUUAUUUUCUAAUUUAAUUUGUUAAAUUCAUUUAUUUUAUUUUUCAUGGAAUUUUAAAACAUUUUAUCAUUUUUUUUUUAUGUGGUAUAUUUUUACUUUUCUUUGUGAUAUUUUGUUUUUAUAAUUUCAACUUUUGUGUCGUGACAUCACCAACUCUGAAUUACAAUAUGGUUAGUCUUUUUGGGGAUUCUGUCACCUAGACUUUGCAUAUAGAUCCGUUUAUAGGGUCUGCUGGAUCUCCUAUAGCAUGUCCUUUAGCUUUAGUUUAUUCAGAAAAUCGAUUUUAACAAUAUGCAAAUUACCUCUGAAAGGAACCCAAGGGGCUGUUCCCCUAGAGCCGCGUCUAUUUUGCACCGCCCCCGCAGGGCUCCUUCAGAAUGGGCAUGGCUGGGCUCCAGAGAUAUUAGGAACAGCCCCUUGG